GCACUCACAGACCCAUGCACGGAGGAUGCGAGCUUGUGUGGGAAGUCCUUUUCUAAAGAGAGGUUAGCUUGGUAUCUUUAUGAUGCUGGCAAUUCAGCUAUCGGAGGUGUGGCUCUACUAAUAUUCAUCCCGCUAUUACUCUCUAAUCUCGCCCUCAACCAUGCAUACAGCGGAUCCUCCGUUGAUAGUUGCACAUCCGUCGAUGGAGUCUCGUGUAAUAACGACUUCUGCUACAUGGAUAACUCACCGAAUACAGGGCUUACUACGAUGGAUUGUACCCAUUGUAUUCAAAGCAAAGGUUUGCAACUAUGGGAUGCAGGUCUACAGGAGUUUGUUGAUUGGUCCCCUCCUCGAGUAGACUUCUUUGGCUCAAGCGUCGAUCCUAUGGCAUUCGCAUCUCUGACGAUAUCUGUCUCUGUCGCGGUACAGGCUAUUGUCUUCAUCUCACUUGGUGCAUUCGCUGAUCAUUAUUCAUAUCGAUAUUAUGGUAUGUUAUCAGCGACUUUAAUAGCACAAGCAACUGCUAUAUGCUUCAUAUUCUUGUCCUCUGGCAGUUUGUAUCUAACAGCAGCAAUACUUACAAUGGUGCUUAAUGCAUCCUUUGGUGUUGGUGGAGUCUUCUAUAAUGCGUACUUGCCAGUACUCGUUGACGCCCAUCCAGACCUCAAAGGUUAUGGUGGCGUUAACGUACCGCGCUCACUUCAAGGGUUCCGCGAGGAGUUGAUGGAUCGAACGUCUGCUUACGGCUUUAUGUGGGGUUAUGCGGCUUCUGGGGUCAUCAUGGUUCUUUGUUUUGGGCUUACUAUUAUUCUUGGUAGUGAGGAUGAGGAAGAAAGAUUAGCUCUCCGAGCAUCUGUCAUGAUGUGUGGGAUUUGGUGGGCAUUAUUAACGCCUAUUACCUUCUAUUGGCUGAAGAAGCGUCCUGGACCUCCUUUACCCAAGUAUACUCCUAAAUAUCUUAUCAUCCUGCAUGGAUGGAAAAGUAUAUUUGGAACACUACGUGAUGCUAUCAGGUAUCGACAUACUGGUAUAUUCCUCGUCUGCUUCUUCUUCUACAGUGAUGCUCUCUCAUCUAUAACAUAUCUUGGAGUACUCUUCGCUCAGGAGUCUUUAUGCUUUUCUAUCACUCAGCAGGCUAUUAUGCUCAUCAUAAUCUGGCCAACAUCUGUACUAGGAAACUAUCUCUAUGUACGCCUAAAAAAGGCCUUCAAGCUACGUACCAAGACUGUCAUAUUGAUCAAUCUUGCCGUAUAUUCUGUAGUCUGUCUCUAUGGGACUCUAGGUCUUAUUGACUCUCUCCCAUUCGGUCUGAAGACCACUGCUGAGAUGAAGGAAACGGAAUUCUUCUCUCUCUACGCNNNNCCUCAUCUGAUAGUAUUCCAAGGGUACUUCUUCUGUAAGUUCAUUAAGCCAAGUGUGUAUCAAUAA